UUUCCUGUCACUGGAUACUACUACUCCCAGCCCCCUCAGAGCCGCCGAGCCACCCCCCUAGGUCCCAGGUUUACCAGUGGCAAUCGGACUCGCUUCGCUGCAUGUCCGGAGGGAUCGUGGGAAGAGUGGAGACGCCCCGGGAAUUCGGCGAUCGCCUUUUAAGAAGGAGGAAAGGCAAACGAACAAACCAAACCCACCCUCCCUAACAAACAUGAGGCUGCUGGAGAGAGUGAGGAAAGAAUGGUUCAUGGUGGGAAUCGUGCUGGUCAUCGCCGGGGCGAAGCUGGAGCCGUCCGUGGGGGUGAACGGGGGACCACUGAUGCCAGAAAUAACGGUCUCCUACAUCGCUGUUGCAACAAUAUUCUUCAACAGUGGACUGUCAUUAAGAACAGAGGAGCUGACCAGUGCUUUGGUGCAUAUAAAACUGCAUCUGUUUAUUCAGAUCUUCACACUUGCGUUCUUUCCAGCAGCAAUCUGGCUGUUCCUCCAGCUCUUAUCAAUCACACCCAUCAACGAAUGGCUGUUGAAAGGUUUACAGACAGUGGGCUGCAUGCCUCCCCCUGUAUCCUCUGCGGUGAUCUUAACCAAGGCAGUUGGUGGAAAUGAGGCAGCUGCAAUAUUUAAUUCAGCCUUUGGAAGUUUUUUGGGCAUCGUUGUAACGCCCCUGCUACUUCUACUUUUCCUUGGCUCCUCCUCCUCUGUGCCUUUUACAUCUAUUUUUUCACAGCUUUUUAUGACUGUUGUGGUCCCUCUCAUUAUUGGACAGAUCGUCCGGAGGUACAUCAAGGACUGGCUGGAGAGGAAGAAGCCACCCUUUGGCGCUGUCAGCAGUUGUGUGCUUCUCAUGAUCAUCUACACCACGUUCUGUGACACCUUCUCGAACCCAAACAUCGACCUGGACACCUUCAGCCUUAUCCUCAUACUCUUCAUAAUAUUUUCAAUUCAGCUGAGUUUUAUGCUUUUAACUUUCAUCUUUUCAACAAGGAAUAAUUCGGGUUUCACACCAGCAGACACUGUAGCCAUCAUUUUCUGUUCAACACACAAAUCCCUCACACUGGGAAUCCCCAUGCUGAAGAUCGUGUUCGCAGGCCACAAGCACCUGUCCCUCAUCUCGGUGCCCCUGCUAAUCUACCACCCCGUCCAGAUCCUGCUGGGAAGCGUGCUGGUGCCCACGAUAAAGUCCUGGAUGGUGUCAAGGCAGAAGGGAGUGAAGUUGACGAGGCCAACGGUAUAACAACAGCAGCGCAAGAUGUACAUAUGUACAGGCUCGUACAGACGCACCGCUCCCAAGACGACGCGUACCUGUGAAUGUCGCUGCCACUCAUAGUUUAUUUUUUUACUCAAGGGAAAAAAAAAAAAAAAGACAUGCUAUAACAAUUUAAGUGCCUUAAAAUGUAUCUGGCAAGAGCGUUAUUUCCCCAACCUACUUAGUUGGUGGUCACUGCCAGGGAGGUGGUACAGUAUUUUGGAUUUGUUUUGACUUUUUGUUUGUUUGUUAUAUGAUUAACAUGGGAAAAGCCCUCAUAAGUGACCAAAUGCAAAGAUGCCCCGCCUCCUCCCUCCCUCCCUGCAGUGAAGUUCUAGAAUGGUCACACUGCCGGGGAAAACGCCCAUCUGAAGAUGGGGACCAUUUCAGAGCCUGCUCCACAAACAUUUUGCUUCCCCAUUCAAUUAUUGUAUUUUUAAAAAUUUGUCUACAGCUGUGAUAGGCCUCUUCUUUAUCCACACAGCAGCAGCCAGAGAGUGAGUUACCCACAACUCUUGACAUCACACUGUUAGCCAUUCCUUUCAAUCCUUCUCCACCCAGAAAUUUCUCCCCCCCCCCACCUUCACUGCCCCCAGACAAAGGAGGCACCUGCUAGAAAGUUGGGAAUCAAGUGAGUCACAUUUCAAGGCAAAUUAUGGGGGUUGACAUUUCAGGGUUUUUUUUUCUUUUAAAACACUUCCCACCACCAAAAAACUGUGUCCCAUCCCUCCCCACCCCCCACCCCAUGAAGUUGAACAUUCACCCUCACCCUCCACCCAGGGUUUUUACUUUGGUGCCCUACUCCAAAUUUAGUCAGAUCCUGCUUUGAAUUUCCCUUUCUGUUAUUCUUUCUCAACUUCUGUUUAUGAGUGGGAUCAUCCCAUACUCGUCUUUAUCUUUCUGACUUAGCUCACUUAACAUAAUUUCUUCUAGCUGCAUCCAAGAUGGGUCAGAGAAGGUUUUUUAUUAUUAUUAUUACGUAUCAUGGGGUUUUUCCUUCUCCUUCCAUAACUGCUUUCUUACCUGUUUGCCAGCAUAUGCCUAACAGCCAAAGGUGUGCUGUCAAAGUGUCCCAUUGCAUCUGAGAGUAGCCAUGGCCAGUGCUGGGUUCUGUCACAUUCCACACAGAGAGCAGAAACUCUCCCUGUUACACAGAUGUGCUGUGAAAAGCACGGAUGGCCUCCACACAGAGGCAGCCUGUUACCUCCCUGAGCUAAGAACACUUGGGGAAUCUGCAACUAGCGAUUAGUGAAACCUCGCUUGGCAGAUCUGACCCAAGUUUGCAACAUGAGAAAAUGGACAGACCCUACUGUGCUCAGGAAUGAUUGAAAAUGGAAAGGUCACUGAUGCAAAGAAAUGUUACAUAGACUCUCCAGCUGGCCAGGUGCGAGGGGGGAGAAAUGACGCCCUGUGUGCCUGUCUCCUGUGCCCUGGCUGUCACCCCCACCUCUCUCCAUGGCUAUGCCUGGUUUGAUAGUCACGCUGAGGCCACAGUCUGUCCUUAGCUAUUGUUUGUUGUUAUUCUGUUGUUGUUGUUGUUGUUUUCAGUAACAACAGUGACCAGCCACUCCUGCUAAAGGCAGCCAUACUUCUCAACAGUGUCGCUCAAGAGAAGGUUUCUACCAGGUCACUGUUUGUUUCCUUUCUGCCUCUUUCCAAUAUCACUCAACCUCGAAAAACAUCAGAAGUGUCACCUACCCUCAGCGUAAACAUCAAGGCGGAUACCAGACCCUGCAAGAAGACUCUAAGCCGUGUCAGCUGUCUGUCCAUCCAUCCACAGUGUCUGUUGCGAAGCGUCUCACACUUCAGAACUGCAGCGGACACUUGCCUGGUGCUUUUGAUCCUUGCGUGCAUGCAAGGAAGGGGUCCACGUCUGCUUCCAUGUCUUGGUUGCAGGCUGCUUUGACGCUCUCAGUUAGUGGGAUUGUUUGUCAGAACGACCAUCCAGUCUUUCCCCUCAGCAUAACCCUUCACCGACCCGUUCUCCGUCCCAACUUAUCUACCUCUAUUGUCUUAACACCUGGAGUAGGUGUGUUGAUGGGAUGAAAAUUCAACUGUCACAUACUACUUUUGCUUUAAAAGAAAAUGUGUUUUGUCUUCAAAUAAUCUUCACCUAGUGAAUUUUGGUGGCUUUAGUGAUUAUGUUUAUGUCUGGGUUUGUUUGUUUGUUCGUUUUGGACACUUUUGCCAUAAAGGAGAAAAAAAUCAGAAUUUACUUUUAAGUCAUGCUUAUUGGGGUUUAAGACUUUGUGGCUUAAAAUGUUCUGUUUUGGUAUCAGCAAGCUGUGUAUAUGCAUAGCUUUUAGCCUAAAUGUAUUUAUGAAAGAAAUACAUUAGAUGAUAUAUAUGUUUAUUCUUUUUUCUUUUUCACCUGGAUUUUUUUUAAAAAAACAGUCAAUGAUUUGGGUUUUUUUUUUUUUAUAGGUGGUGUUAAUCUUUUUAUGUCAUUUAAUUUUGGAAAUUAUGUGCUUUUAUAAUCCUUUUCUGUUUAAAACUAACAUGCUGUGGCUAAUGUUCUGUGCUUGUUUAUGCUAAAUACCAAAUGUUUUCAGAAGGAAUGGUGAAGUAAUCGAGUGGAUUAUUUAUAAUGGAUGGGAGGAUGGAAGUAACUCUGUGAUUAAAGGAAGAGGCAUUUCACAAAGCA